CUCGGACAUCCUUUGUGAAUGGCCCCUUAUGUUCUUGUUUCCAGAUUGUCGACUAGUUAGUCACAACAAGUCACAACUCGUUGACAACUUGUCACAAACACUGAAACAACCCUGUUAUACACUUUCUUGGGUCAGCUGUGUGUUAUGCCAUUUGUCGUACCCAGUACUUUUAAAACAAACAAGCGCGGCCAAUGUCUGAAAAUCAAAACAUAAACAUCAGUUAUAAAAUAUACAAAACAACCAUUUUACUGCAUUGUAAAACUGUUUCAAAUAAUUUUUGAAUCGAGAAUAGAUAGGCUAUCUUACGUCCAUGGAAGUUAACAAUUUUUUGGCAUCUGUUUUCUGUUCUGAAAGCUGUGAGUCCAGGGCAACACCAAGGUAUACAUUGCUAUGAUUGUUAAAAUAUGUUGAUGUAUUUUGUUUUUAAAACGUAUAUUGAAAUAUAUUGUGGUGCUUUAUAUUCGUAGGCAUAGUAGUGUUUAUGAAUUACUCUCAGAAGCUUUUAAAAUGCUUUGACAUAGCUGUUUUUCCAUUCCGUAGAAACUUGCUUGAAUUUGGCAACCUUCAAGAGCACUUGGAUAAAAUCCUUUCAGAACACAACAAUGAAUUAUCUAAAAAAAGUAUGUCACCAAAGUUUCAGGAAAUACUUUAUGUUUGACUUAUUUUGAAGCCAUGUAUUUUUAAAGUAAUGUGCCCUAUUAAUCUGCUGUCCUUAAUUGUCAACCCCGUACCUAGGGACUUUCCUCUUAGUUCAAGAUUGUUUAUCUGGCCAUGUCUUUUGUUAUAUAAUGGGUAUAAAAUUGUCCCUAAAUUAUUUUCAGACUAUACAGAACAAGGGAAAGCUUUAUUAGAUGGAAGAAUUGGUCCAGAUAUUGUCAAAAUUGAUACAAGUGGUCGCUGUGGAAAUAUGGAUAUAUCUGCAAAUUUAGAGGUAACAUAGGUGUACAAUAAUAAUGAGUUUUUAUAAAUAUGUUAAACUUCCAGCACCCAUCUCCAUUCCAUCUACUUAGUAACUUCACCCUACUGUCUGCACCUUCCCCUUGUACAAACAUCUCCUGUACCCAAUCUCGUUCCCCAAGCCUGCGAUCCUCGGGAAGGAACGCGAGGCUCUGGGAGUUUCAGGGAGUAAUCUGAUUGGCCGAUGAAAUGGAUGCACAGUUCAAUCUUAGCCAGGAUUCCUGGCUUCCGGCAACGGAUUAUCCCAGAGCCUCACGUUCCUUCCUGAGGAUCGCAGGCUCGGGGAACGAGAUUGCUCCUGUACCCUCCUCUUGUGCCCAGUCCCCUGUACCCCCACACCCCAGUCUCUAUAAGGGUAUAAUGCAUAAUCCCCAACUUUACAACUUCACACUGUGUUGUACCCAACACCCCUGAACCCCCCCCCCCCCCACUGCUCUGCACCUACCUCCAUUCUUUGCACUCUGCAACUUCACCUAGCUCAUACCCUCUUUAAACCCAGCAACCACUUACAUUCUUCUCACUUUACCACCCACCCCUGUAUCCAUCCACUUGAUUCACCAUGACCAUCACAUCCUUCACACCCUUUUAUUUUCACAUCCUGUAUCCCACCCUAUUUACCCUACAUUGCUACACCCCACAUUGCUACACCCCACAUUGCUACAUCCCACAUUGCUACACCCCACAUUGCUACACCCCACAUUGCUACACCCCACAUUGUGCUUCCCUCACUCCAGCCAUCCUCAACCCAGCCAAAAUCACUUUUGUUGUUGAUAGUUCAUAAAAUAUUCCUUCAUCUUUUGUAGCUUGACAGUCAGAGCAAUUUUAGCAGCUUGCGAGCAAACGUCUGCAUCUGUAGAGGUAUACAAUUAAGCAGAAUUAUGUUUAGGCCAAAUAAAAAAAAAUACUUGGUUAGCGUCACCGCCCGCCUCUCGAUUUUCUGCCGCCUCUGAAUUUUUUAAAAUUUUUUUUUAUGUAAAUCUCUUAGUUUUACAGCUUAAUUUAAAACAGUUUAAUAUUUGAAAUUUUUCUCAUGCUCAGACCUUCGUGCUAUAUACUGAUCGAUAGGAGCACGUAGGCUUGGGUAUACAAGGUUCUUAAAGCAAAAUGGCGGCCUUCGCAACAUCAGUACAAAAAAUAUCACCGAUCUGGUGGAAAAACCGCCCCCAUCCCCUCCAAAAAUACUAUUAAAAAAUUAAAAAACGAGUAAAAAUUUUUAAAAAAAUCCGCCCGCCCGCCUCUGAAAAUUUGUGAGAGUGUGACGCUAACCAAGUAUUUUUUUUUAUUUGGCCUUAGUGUUACCCAUUAAGUUGCAUUGCACCCCAAAUGCACCUUACUUUAUUUUACUUUGUCUAACACCAGAUGAUUUUACUUGCAUCAAUGGGAGGGGGCUGGCGCUUAAUGGGUUAAGCUUGUUUGUCCAUAGGUAGCCGAAAAAUGUGUGUUGAAAUUUUUACCCUCGCGUGUGGAGCUCGGGCAUGCAUCGAGUCUACUCAGUUUAUUAGACAGAUUUAGAUCGAGGACGCGAACGUCAAAGACGAUGUGAAAAUGGCAUGUUGUGCCCAUGUAUGGAUAUGCCACGGCAUUUGACGCCAUUUUCAUGUCGUCUUUGAUAUCCGCAUCCUCGAUCUAAAUCUGUCUAUUAUUAUGACGGUUUGUCAAGUAAACUGUUUAAUUGUUGUUGGAAAUGCGCAUUAAUGGUAAAAUAAUAUUUGUUCAUACACACCAGGCAGAUGGAUGUUUGAAGUUCUGCUUGGAACACGAGGAAUAAUGCAACUUGGUUGGGCAACUGUGAGCUGUCAGUUUACUAAUGAGGUAUUGUAUUUUUAGGUCAUUGAAUAUUAGGAGUUUAGGACAGAUGGACAGCAUAAUAAUAAUGAUACCGUAAACCUCCGAAUAUAAGCCCCCCCCAAAUAUAAACCCCCCCGUGUAUAAGCCCACUACAUGUACGCUCAACUCAUUCCAAAUAUAAGCCCCCCCCUGAAUAUAAGCCCACUUGAAAAGAAGCCCACUUGUUUAUCACUAUUGUUUAUCACUAUUACCACUAUUAAUCACUAUUAUUACUAUGCUUAACACUUGUUUAUCACUAUUACACUAACACAAAAGAUUGUCCAUGUAUAAGCCCCCCAUAUAUAAGCGCUCCCCCUUGUAUAAGUCCAUCGAAAAUCGCUUACGAAUAACUAUAAGCUCAGGUUUACGGUACAUUUGAACCAUUCUUGGUUAUAGGAGGGUGUUGGUGACACAGCUGAUUCUUAUGCCUAUGAUGGUCACCGGGUUAGAAAGUGGAAUUUGAGUGCCUCUGCUUAUGGAGAAGUAAGAGAGAGAUAAACCUGUUUUCUAGUCCCUAGCAUGAAGACGUUUGUUGUGUUGAAGUCAGCUCACAGUGAGUUGUAAGAUGCUUUGUGAGAGCACUAGGAAACAGGUUUUAACAACAUUGAGGACUUCUCUCAGUGACUCAGUAUCUGAUUUUUUUUUCUGUGUUGGUGUUAUGUACUCAUGUAAAUAUGAUGUUUGUGAUGUUACUCUGAGUGUAUAUCCACACCGGGCAAGCUUGAAAAAUAAGUUUCUGAGACAUUGAGCAUGAUUAGAGCAUGUUAGCAAUAUUUCUUAUAUUUUAGGAAUGGAUGGCUGGAGAUGUGAUUGGGUGUACUUUUGACAUAGAUAAAGGUGAAAUUUCAUAUUACAGGUACAGUGUAAUAGUUUUUCAUUUAACAAAAAUCAAUUAUUACCAUCGUAUUUGUGUGUUUUAAUUUGUGGGAUCUUCAGGUUUGCAAAUUAGGUAUAAUGUGUAAGAAAUUGUCACUUUCUCUUUCUAGGAAUGGUGUGAACAUGGGCGUGGCAUAUCCAGAUGUACCACGUGGUGCCGGGGUUGCAUAUUUCCCUGCAGUUAGUUUAUCUUACUGUGAAUCAUGUCAACUGAAUUUUGGUGCUACGCCAUUUAUGUAUCCUUGAAAUUGAGAUCUGGUGCAGUUUUUGUCUGUCUGCCUGAAAAAGAUUAAAAACACUUGCUAGACAUUCUAAGCGAAAACUGUUAGUUUCAUGAGUUUGUGAACAUUGAAGUUUGUUUUGUUCAAAUCCUUAAUCAUGCCAAGAUUUCCCAUCGAUGGUUUCAAGCCACUGCAAGACCCACCCAAAAUGGAAUUGUCUCAAGCGAAAGAGCUGUUGGAAUUUCUGGACCGUCUUUUACCUGGAGUAAGUAGAGACCUUACUGUAUUCUGUAAACAACCUUUGAUCAAACACACAUGGUGCUAACCAGUUACUGUAUACAUAUUUCCAUUGCAGCCAGAACGAAUUCCUCGCAUGCCAUCCAGUUUAAGUGGAAGAGCUGCAACACUGGCCUUACUCACAAGUUCUCACGUCUUUGAGAAACUUGCUCCACUUUUGGUGAGUAAAAACUUCAAUAUACAGUGCGGUGCUUGUGAUGUUACUCUGAGUGUAUAUCCACACCGGGCAGUCUUGAAAAAUAUGCCUGGCCACGGUGGGAAUCGAACCUACGACCUUUGGAAUACUAGCCCAAUGCUCUGCCAACUGAGCUACACGGUCAGGUCGGUUUGAGUAUGUGAUAUUUUGGAACAGAAUCUAGUUCCUUCGAUAUCAAUGUAAUCUAGUAAUCAUGAUAUCUUCUGUGUUGGUGUUAUGUUCUCAGGCGAAUAAGAUGCUUGUGAUGUUACUCCGAGUGUAUGUUAUUCACCUGAGUACAUUACACCAACACAGAAGAUAUACCGUGCGGUGAUAUGAUUCCUGCAAUACGCAGUUGUCUCAUUAUAUUUUCGUCUGUGGCUCGUCUGUGAAAAGAGUCUUAGGUUUUCUCCUGGAACGCUGGCCUUCUCCUGAAGUAACUUUGGAUGAACAAGGAAUCACAGUUACUACAGAAACAAGUUUAGAACUGAUAGAUCUACACAGUGUAGACUGUGGACAAAGUUACUGUUUGUAGGUUAAAACUGUCUGUACCAGUGUGGGUAGUACCAAUGUGAAAAUGCUGUGCUGAGUGGUUAUAUUACUACCUUAAAAAAUAAGCAGAAACACUAACUCUUGACGAAGGGCCUUCGCUCGAAACGUCGAGUUUCUGUAGGUUAGAUUUCCUCCUGUAGUAACACUAGAACUUGCAUGGUUUACAACUGAUACAGCUAUUUAAUAUCAUGGGGUUAAUAUUUGAUGCAUUAUUUUCAAACAGACAAAGUCUUACGUGGUUGAAGCAGCUCUCAUUCCUUUUCUACUCAACUCCUGUUCAAGCACAGCUAGCCCAAGUGAAAUACAUCCAGGAGUUAAGAAGAUGCUGGAGCUGAUGUGGGCGUGUAUGGAGGAUUUUGAAAUCCAGCCAUGUUUAAAGCAUUUGUUUUACGGCCUACUGAAAGCUUAUUGGCAUCGUCCUGUUCAGGCUGACUUUAAAACGCAG